CCUGCCUCCCUCCCCCUUUCUUCUCCCUCCUUCCUUCCCUCCCUUCCUCCCUCUCUCCCUCCCUCCCAGCUCCUGCACCAGGAAACAGACCAGAUCCCCGGCUGCCGCGGCCUGACCUGGCUCCAGGCUGGCCGGGAGGAUGAAAGGCCCCCACUGGGGGCUCCUUGCCACCGGUGCUGGGUCCUAAGUGCUGCCAUCCAGGCUGGCUGCCCGGAUGGCGACCCCAGCCUCAGCCCCAGACACACGGGCUCUCGUGGCUGACUUUGUAGGCUACAAGCUGAGGCAGAAGGGUUAUGUCUGUGGGGCUGGCCCCGGAGAGGGCCCAGCAGCUAACCCGCUGCAUCAAGCCAUGAGGGCAGCUGGAGAUGAGUUUGAGACCCGCUUCAGGCAGAACUUCUCCGAUCUGGCCGCCCAGUUGCAUGUGACCCCGGGCUCAGCCCAGCAGAGCUUCACCCAGGUCUGCGACGAACUCUUCCAAAGGGGUCCCAACUGGGGCCGUGUGGUGGCCUUCUUUGCCUUCGGGGCCGCGCUGUGCGCCGAAAGUGUCAACAAGGAGAUGGAGCCCCUGGUGGGACAAGUGCAGGAAUGGAUGGUGGCCUACCUGGAGACACAACUGGCCGACUGGAUCCACAGCAGCGGGGGCUGGGAGCUGGAAGCGAUCAAAGCCCGAGUCAGGGAGAUGGAGGAGGAAGCCGAGAAGCUGAAGGAGCUGCAGAACGAGGUCGAGAAGCAGAUGAAUAUGAGUCCACCUCCAGGCAAUGCUGGCCCAGUGAUCAUGUCUAUUGAGGAGAGGAUGGAAGCUGACGCCAGAUCCAUCUAUGUUGGCAAUGUGGACUAUGGCGCAACAGCAGAAGAGCUGGAAGCUCACUUUCAUGGCUGCGGUUCAGUCAACCGCGUGACCAUACUCUGUGACAAGUUCAGUGGCCAUCCUAAAGGGUUUGCGUAUAUAGAGUUCUCAGACAAAGAGUCUGUGAGGACUUCUCUGGCCUUAGACGAGUCCUUGUUUAGAGGAAGACAAAUCAAGGUGAUCCCCAAACGAACCAACAGACCAGGCAUCAGCACCACAGACCGGGGCUUCCCGCGGGCCCGCUACCGUGCCAGGACCACCAACUACAACAGCUCCCGCUCUAGAUUCUACAGUGGUUUUAACAGCAGGCCCCGGGGUCGCAUCUACAGGGGCCGGGCUAGAGCGACAUCAUGGUAUUCCCCUUACUAAAAAAAGUGUGUAUUAGGAGGAGAGAGAGGAAAAAAAGAGGAAAGAAGGAAAAAAAAAAGAAUUAAAAAAAAAAAAAGAAAAACAGAAGAUGACCUUGAUGGAAAAAAAUAUAAAAAAAAAAAGAUAUACUGUGGAAGGGGGGAAAAAAAUCCCAUAACUAACUGCUGAGGAGGGGCCUGCUCUGGGGAGUAGGGGAGGCCCAGGGAGUGGGGCAGGGGGCUGCUCGCUCCCUCUGGGGAUUCGCCAUGGACAUGUGUCAACUGCGCAAGCUGCUCCCCGCGUUCCCCUGCCCCCCUCCACCCCCUUGGGGGCUGCUCAAGGGUAGGUGGCGUGGGUGGCAGGAGGGUUUUUUUCACCCAGGGCUCUGGAAGGACACCACACUGUUCUGCUUGUCACCUUCCCUCCGUCUUCUCCCUGCCCCGCCCGCCUGCUCCUGUCCUGCCAGCUCUGCCACCCACCCACCCUGCCCCUCUCUCCAGCUCCCUGCCCCUGCAGAUUGCCUGGUGAUCUGUUUUGUUUCCUUUUGUGUUUCUUUUUCUGUUGAGUGUCUUUCUUUGCAGGUUUCUGUAGCCGGAAGAUCUCCGUUCCGCUCCCAGCGGCUCCAGUGUAAAUUCCCCCUUUCCCCUGGGGGAAAUGCACUACCUUGUUUUGGGGGUUUGGGGUGUUUUUGUUUUAUUAUGUUUUUGUUUUUUUGUUUUUUUUUAAUCUUUGCCUUUUUUUUCCCUUUUAUUUGGAGGGAAUGGGAGGAAGUGGGAACAGGGAGGUGGGAGGUGAAUUUUGUUUAUUUUUUUAGCUCCUUUCCAAGGGGUGGGAAUUUUUUUUAAUAUGUGUCAUGAAUAAAGUUGUUUUGAAAAUAAAAAUUGUUCGGCCUUU